UUCAUUCCAGGGGCUUUACGUCCCUCGUUGGUUUCCAUAGGAGAAAGACAGACAGAGGGGGAGGGACCAGCAUGGCUUCCAAGGCCGUGAAGGUGGCGGCGCUGGCCGGCCCGGCUGCCCUCGGGCUGGCCUCGUGUCGCGUUUAUGCCAUGACGAAGGAAGACAAGACGGAGCUCAUGUCUCCUCGCGAGAUGUCCAUUUACUCUCCGGACCCCCCUGCGAUGCACUUUGUGGCAGACCAGCAAGGGCCUCUGGAGAGGGGCAUAGGAUUUGUCAGGGUGGGGCUGCAGCCCGUCGGCAGGGCAGUGAUGAGUGCCUGUCGGACAGUUAAAGUUGGGGCCGUCAGUGUUUACCAAGCAGGAGAAGAUACAUACAAUUUCUUGAGGGAUCCUCCGCCAGGCUUCUUGCCCAGGGUUGGGGUCAUCACAGUAUCUGGGUUGGCUGGACUCAUACUGGCACGAAAGGGGUCUCAACUGAAGAGAAUAGGUGUGCCUCUUGGUCUUACAACGCUGGGGACCGCAGUGUGCUACCCCACACAAACAGUUGGGGUCCUGAAGCUUACUGGAAAGAAGAUGUAUUCUGCCGGCUCAUCAGUAGGCUCAUCAGUAGCCUCCGUCUUUAAAUCUAAACCUAAACCAGUUAUUGCCCCUGCUGCCAGCCUGGAGCCACCAGCACCCAUAGCAGCCCCCGCACCAGAGCCAGACGCAUCUGAAGCCAAAGCUCUGCCAGAGCCCACAGCCUCUGAACCAGCCCCAGCCAUAGACGCUCCCUCUGCUCCAACGGAAGAAGUCGCACAGCCUUCCACAGAAAGCACUGAAGCACCCGCAGAGGCAGCACCCGUUGCCGAAGCAACCCCAGCCCCUAGUGCAGAGGCUGCUCCCACAGAAGAACCUGUUCCAGAGACUGCAGAGCCUAUUGUGGUGGAAGUGGCCCCUGUUGUAGAGGCCACACCAGCCCCAGAAGCUGCUCCUGCCGCUGAACCUGCUGCAGAAGCUACACCAGCCCCUGAACCUGCUGCCGAGGCGGCUCCAGCCCCUGAAGCUGCUGCCGAGGCGGCUCCAGUCCCUGAACCUGCUGCCGAGGCCGAACCUGCUCCAGAGGCGGCAGCCGCCCCUGAGCCAGCUGCAGAAGCAGCUCCUGCUCCUGAAUCGGUUGCAGAAGCUGCCCCAGAGGCAGCAGCCGACCCAGCUCCUGAGCCUGCAGCAGAGGCAGCAGAGGCACCAGCUGCUGAGGCUGCCCCUGAAGCCGCCCCUGCCCCUGAACCUGCAGCAGAAGCCACACCAGCCCCUGAGCCAGCUGCUGAGGCGGCUCCUGCUCCUGAACCAGUUGCAGAAGCUGCCCCAGAGGCUGCGCCUGCUCCAGAAGCAGCAGCCGCCCCUGAACCUGCAGCUGAAGCUGUACCAGCACCUGAACCAGUUGCAGAAGCCCCACCCGCUGCAGAGGCGGCUCCUGCCCCUGAACCAGUUGCAGAGGCAGCACCUACACCCGAACCCACUGCAGAGUCUGCUCCAGCUCCGGCUGCCCCAGAACCUGCACCAGAGGCCACUCCUGAACCUACAUCGGAAGCUCCACCUGCCCCUGCCCCGGAGCCUUGCCCAGAAGCCGCUCCUGCUCCACCCGCCCCUGAACCCACAGCAGAGGCAGCUCCCGCCCCUGAACCUGUCGCGGAGCCUGCACCGGCCCCUGAAACGCCUGCAGAGCCUGCAGCAGUCCCUGAACCUACUCCAGAUGCUGCACCUGCUGCCGAGCCUGCUGCCCCCGCCGCCGAACCUACCCCAGAGGCUGCUGCUCCUGCCCCCGAGCCUGCUGCUGAACCCUCUCCUGCCCCACCCGCCCCUGAACCUGCUGCUGCUGAGGCUGCUGAGGCUGCUCCUCCACCUGCUGAAGCUGUUGCUACUGAAGCCCCUGCAGAACCUGCUCCAGUGGAGGCCAUUCCUGCGGUUGCUGAAGAAGCCACUCCCUCUGCCCCUGAACCAGAUGUCCUAAUCGUGGAGACACCCGGUGGAGAGAGGGUCCGUGCACCUGUAGAAGACCCCACCCCUGAGGAGACCACCCCUGUAGCUGUGGAAGAAGCCCCAGUUUUGAUCGAAGAGCCGGUUCCUGUGAAGGAUGCCACUGAAGAGAAACCUCAGUUUGCCCCCGACCCUGCACUGGUGGACCUUGGCCAGUCUCACCCUGAGGACUCGGACAUGUACAGCACUCGCGGCUAGACCAAAACAAAAUGAACAACAAGAGAAAACCCAAGGGGGUGGUGGAAGGGGGGGGAGAUGUGGGUCGGGUGAUUAUCCUGCCGUCAAUUUUGUACUCCAAAGCCUUAGUCUCCCGCG